AUGCCGGGCACAGUCUGCAUGGGGAACGGUGUACCGGAUGCUACGGUGGCGCCGCUAAAUUUGCAGGACAGUGCAGUGAUCGUUUGUAAGGCGAACCGGGACAGCCAAAACACGGAAAAUAUGAUCCCACUGUCCAGUGACUGCGCUCAGGAUUGCGUUAGAAUCGGCAAUAGGCAGCAUCAGCAGGAUAAAAGCGUUAGCAAAGCGAUCACCGCUGUACAUUUCGCCUCGGGACCGAUGGCGGCGUACGGCACAAUCAUUCGGGGACGGAAGGGGUUCAGUAAUGGUAGCUCCAUCUGCAAUCGUAAGAAGCAAUCACACCAGCAAGUCAUAAACCGGCUGAAGGCGCUGGAUUUUAACAUUGCACCAAGUGGCCUGGACAUGACGGAGGAUCCACUAGCAAGGGCUGUUGGCGCUGCCGAAGCGCCUUCUGAUUCGGAGACCGCCAAAAAGGAUUUCAACUGCCAGCCAAACAACGGCGUUGGGGGCUAUAACGAACCGCAAUGUAGCAUUCCGACAUGCGAACGCAGCGAACGAUCGAAAAAGAAGCCUUCGCAUGAGACCAAAACCGCCAAACACAGAUCGGAAGAUUUGGCCGUUGGUGAUUCGUCGUUGCAAUGUGCCGCAAACGGUGGACCCUCGGCGGAAAAGGAGCAAGCCUUUGCGAAAGGCAUGAAGGAAAUGCUUUUGAAGGCCACCGAACCCAGCCACACACCCCCCGGGGGGGGAUUCGCUUCGGAAGACAUCGUUCAUGGGUACACGCACAGAGCUCACAGUUUUAUCGAUGCUUUGUCACAAUGCUCGACAAACGGUGCACCGCCGAUCACAAGACCUGCCGGUGCCGGUGGCCGCACCGCCGACUCAUCAGCUGGCCCCGCAUUAUCAUCGUCAGGGUCAUACGCUUCAUCACAGCAUGGAACACGAGGAAAUUCUCACAAGUCGCAACACAAGGGGGGGACGGUCAGAACGCACGCGGCCACCAACGGUGAACAUGAGCCUGGUGCCCGGACUGGUGGCAAUGGAACUGGCGGUAUUGUUAUACCGUAUGGUAAAAGCAACAAAACUGGCCCUCAGGGAACGUCCUCAAAGCAGAAGGAAUCGGCCAGCCGGUUGGAUCUCUUCGGUGGUGGUCCGGCGGUCACUUCGCAAAACAUUCGCUCAACUGCCCAUCAGCAGCAGCAUGCCCAUCCACAGCCAGCGCCGUCAUAUCUGCACCAUUUGUCCGGGGCUCAGACCGCCGCCAAGCACCAGGCGCAUCCGCAGCAACCGAUGCAACCGGAACUGCAUCACGCGGCGAUGUCCAAAGCGAACGGGUCUCACCAGUACUCGUUCGAUUUUCUCGUAGACGUUGGCUUGAAGAUGUCUUACGCCGGCACCGGCAAUGGCACCGGCGGUGGUCAAUCGGUGGGACCGAUGCCAUGCGCCGCUUCUCAGAUGAACUACAAUUUUACGCAACAAUUCCAGCAACACAUGCAACAACACCAUCAGCAGCUGCAGCAGCAGCAGGACCACAGCCAGAGUCCGAGCCCGAGCCGAUCGCAAUCGCAUCCGCUAAUGCACCAGCAUCAUCAGCAGCACCAUGGCCAGCAUUUGCCCCAGGCGAUGUCUCAACAGCAACACCACCGAUCGCAGCCCACCGCCGUGUACGGAGGAGAGAAUCUGAUUUCCCCGCAAAACUUCGUGAUGAACGAGGCACCGGCACCAUUUUCGAAUCACAUUGCGAUGGCGAGCACCGGAGAACUGCAGAUGUUGAGCGGUGCUAACGGCAACGGUGGCACUAGUAGUAACAUGAUCGAACCCGCGCCCUAUGUCUACACCCAGCACGAGGGCGGCGACCAGCAACAACAUCAACAUCAUCCGGCCAUGUACUACCCACAGCAUCAUUCCCAGCAGCAGCAGCAGCCACAUGGACAGUAUCUGCAUAAUUAUCACCCAAACAACAACUAUCAGUACCACAAUCGGAACGGGCGAGGAAUUCCAGCCAACUACUAUGGCCGCGAUGAAGGCAGCAGGAAAAAACCGUGGGCCGGACACGCAGGAGCAGGCAAAGGCAAAGGCGGGGCUCCGCCGAGUACUGGGAAACAGUUCAACAAAGUACAAAACGUAGGUUACUCUUAUCGAAAGAACUACCACCACUACCACAACUAUCCCGCGGGCAAUGGCCACCAGUACCAGUACGAGCAUUCGUCCGUGCCGCCCCAUCAUCAUCAUCACCACCACCAGCAACAGCAACAGCAGCAGCAGCAGCAGCAGGCGCAACAUCACCACCACAAACAGAACAUGUACCGGAACUUGGUGUACGUCCGGGGGUACGACCAGGGCCACGGGGCUGCGUCUCCGCCCGAAAUCGGUUCUCACGGUGCCAAGGAGCCAGCGGAGACUGCGGAGGAGCAGCACAACGUGGACCGGUGCGUAGACACCCGAGCUACCGAGGAAGAGGUUCCGAACGAACUGGAGAAGGAAGUCCGGGACGGACAUGAGGACGGCAAGCUUUGCAGCGUUCCGCGAUCUUCGUCGUCCUCGUCGGUGGUGUCGAUUCCAUCGACCGCCUCGUCGUCGGCAGUCUCGUGCCGUUCGGCUCAAGCGCACCUCACGCUGGAAGCUGCGGCCCAAGCCGGGCCUAAUGGGCACGAUUAUGAGUCCGACUCGUCGCACUCGUCCGAUUACCACGAUGGUACGUACCGGGCGUACUCCAACCACGACGAUCGGCCGACCGUGUAUCGUUCGUCCUCCACCACGUCCUCGGGCAUCUCGUCGUCGGCCACUUACCCGCCGUCGAACGAGUUCGCACCAUCGACGCCCCGGUCCAUGGCGCACCAUGGUGCCGGAGCGCUGGAGGGUGAUUUUUUCGGCCGCAGUCACAGCUACCACGGAUCGCACCAGAAUCUGUCCGCGUACGCCAGUGGCGGAAGUGUCGGCGAAGUGAGCCCACCGGUCGGCUCUCCCACCGUUUCGGGGACACAAUCACUGCCACUGUUUGGUGAACUGUUUGGGACGGCUGCCAACCAUCACCAUCACCAUCAUCACAGCCAGUCGGUCAUUAGCUUCGGCAGCAGCUCCUCGUUGGAUCAGGCCGCGACGACGCUGCACACGACGGUGGCCACGGGUAGCUCGUCCAGCUCUUCGUCCCUGUCUGCGUCAUCGGUGCCGCCCAACGACUUUUCGUCGAUGCAGAGCGGACAGCCAAAGAAACGCAGUCAUUCGGGACGUGCCUCGCCAACCAACGGGAGUGUGCCGCUGCCACGUGCCGCUUCGAAAGAGAAUGUCCCCACCAACCAUGCCGUGCGCAAGAAUAAUCAAGUUUCGCUGAGCUACACCUACCGGACAUCGGUUCCGCCGCCGGAGAUCCACCAUACGCCGGCCGAUCGGUUCAUUUUGCGUGCCGAUGAAGUCGAAAUGAAAGCCCCACCGGAACCGCUGACCGACGGCGGGCCGUACGAUGGGCUGUCGCAGAGUGUGUGGGACAGGUUUACGGCCGCCCAGCAGACGGAGCACACGUACAUCACCAAGCUGCGGCUGUGGCGCUAUUUGUACAUUUGCAUCCGCACCCGGUUCCCGAAGUACGGUCUCUACCUGGUCGGCAGUACGAUCUCGGGCUUCGGAGCGAACAGCUCGGAUGUCGACAUGUGUCUGGUGGUCCGCAGUGCCCCCAGUCACUUCGAUCCGCGCACCGAAGCGCUGUACAAUCUGUCGGCGGUGAAAGACUACCUGGUGAGCGAAGCGUCGCCCACCUUCGGGCAGUUCAGCCUGAUUCAGGCCAAGGUACCGAUACUGCGGUUUCAGGACAGCAAACACGGCAUCGAGGUGGACCUUAACUUUAACAACUGCGUCGGCAUUCGGAACACUCACUUGCUGCACUGCUAUUCACAGCUGGACUGGCGUGUGCGGCCCCUGGUGCUGGUGGUCAAGCUGUGGGCUCACCAUCACAAUAUCAACGAUGCGAAAAGUAUGACAAUAUCGAGCUACUCGCUGGUGCUGAUGGUGAUCCACUUCCUGCAGUGCGGCGUCAGCGUACCCGUCCUGCCGUGUUUGCAUUCCAUGUACCCGGACAAGUUUAUGAAAAUUAUCGACAUCAACAGCAUCGAAAUGAUCGAGCGGAUCGAACCGUACCAGACGGAGAACCGACAGACGCUGGGCGAGCUGCUGUUGCAGUUUUUGGAAUAUUAUACGCAUUUCGAAUACGCGCGCUAUGCCAUUUCGGUUCGUACGGCAUCGGUUAUACCGAUCGAGGAGUGCCGGCUUGCCCGGAGCUACAAAAAUGAUCCUCACCACUGGAAGCAUCUGUGUAUCGAAGAACCAUUUGAUCUGACCAACACCGCCCGAUCCGUGUUCGAUGGGGACGUCUUCGAGCAGAUCAAGUCCACCUUCGGCACCUCCUGGCGUAUGCUAGAGGCCAGCAAGUGCUUAAGCGCCCUGUUCGGUGAUCCACUCUUCACCCCGCUCACGUCGACACUUUCCAUCACCUCAUGA